AUGGCCGAAUCGCCAUUCCCCCUGCGCCGCUCCUCGACCAUCCCCCGGACCAGAGCCGUCUCGACAGGCAGAUAUAGCCUGGGAGCGCAUGAGCUCUCGACCAGCGGCCCCUCUCCUGCAGACGAGAUCCUCUACUCCAGCCCCUCGGCGAAGAUUUUCAAGUUCGAGCUGCCAAAUUCCUCCUCGUCCUCCCCUAUCCUCCCGGACCUCGACUACCCUGUGGACGCCAUAGAAACGCUCCCGUGGGAGCUGCCGACAGAGAGACUGGCCUCCAUCGGCCCGCUGAAGAUAGAGACCGUUGCGGGCUCGGCUACAUUUCUGAAAUCCGGCAGCGUGGUGUACCCUUUACUCAAGAACAGCCAGUGCUGGUGUGUGGACCAGGUCUCUAGAUUCGUCUUCAGGAUACGGAAACUCACCUAUUAUCGCGUCGAGCUCCCUGGGGAGACGGAGGAGGAUAAGAGCCGGGUCGAGAGCUUCAAAGAGGUCCUGUCCGGGAUUAUCAGAUAUGAAAUCACUCCUUGUCCGUUUAAACGUGGGUUCUCCGUGGUCCUGCCGGAGGAAGCAAAAACACCCAAGAAGAAGAAAGCAUGGCAGCCAAAACUACAGCCCAUGCCUCCCUUUCCACCGCUGAAUCUCCCUACUGAUGUGCCCUUGGCUGCCUCGCGUGAUCUGGAAUCAAAUGGCGGGCCCGUACUUGAUGUGCGCAAAGCCACUUCUCGGGAACAGGACCAGGACCAGGAUACGGGGAAUGACCCGUCUGUGGCCACUGAUGGAGAAGAUUUUUUGUUUGUACCGGAUAAUAUGCAGUCGGACGGUUCUACAGUGACUCCCCCUCCUCAAGCCUUCCAGUCUUUGGUCGCCAAAUUCCAGCAGUUGCAAGAUGCAAGCCCCGCGGAGGAAAAAGAACACCAGGAGUAUAUGGAUGACAGCGAGCGGAUGUCUAGCUUAGGGUCCUUCCAUACAUGUGAAAUGGAUGAUUCCAUUUCCCCUUCGGAUACCCAAUACUCGGACCCUCCGUCUCCAUGGAAUGAAGGGACUACUGCUGCACCUUCUUUGGCACAUGGAGAAGAUACCUCAGACCAAUCUCCGUCUAUUCCAGAAUCCGACCCCUUUAUUGAUUCAGAUGACAAUAAUAUGAGCCAAAUACCAAGAGAAUUUCUGUCUACAGAUCUACAUUCAACUCCUACACAACCUAGCUUCGACAGACACGGAUCAAUCUACCUUUCAUCCGAAGAAGGCGUUGACGUCAACGAACCCAGCUCUGAUCUCCGUCAACGCCUUCGUAGCAACCGGAAGCGUGAUCUAUCGCCGCUCCCACCGCCAUCUACUCUAUACUAUCCCUCUGCGCGGUCUCCCGCCAACCAUCUCACCCACACAAUCAUGAAGAAGACAUGCACCUAUGUCCUCGGCCCACCAGUCCAGUUCCUCAUGCUUCUCCUACGUCUUGCUGCAAAGGUGGCUGCUACCAGACCAUCUCCUACUUCCCCUGACUUACCGGACCCAUACUCUGACCAGGAUGACAUUGGUGAUCUAAGUGAAGACGACUUUGGCAUACCCAUCCCCUAUACCUCCUCACUUAAGCAGGUGAACUCGAAUUCACUAAGCGUCUACGAUUCUUUGGACGAGGCAGAUUAG